AUGAUGAGAAGGUAUCCUGGUCUCAUCUGGAAACAUCAGAGAUGUUUUGGAAUUGGAGCUCUCCGAAAAUUGGGAAUGGGGAAUAAAGGAAUGGAGCGUGGGAUACAAACCGAAGUGCGUUAUCUGGUCGAGUUCUUCAGGGACACAGAGGGAAGAGCUGUUGACCCUUCCUUCCCCAUUGUUCACGCUGUCUCUAAUGUGACCUGUGCUGUGGUUUUUGGACAUCGUUUCUGUCCUGAGGAUGAGACGUUCCAGCAGCUGAUGGAGGCAUACAGUUGUGUAGUGGCUUUUGGGAACAGCUACUCCUACUUUGUAUUUGAAUUAUUUCCCUGGUUUGCAACACAUUUCCUAGCAUCAACGAAACAGGCCAUUUCCAGACUAAAUUUUGUGAAUGCUCUAUUAGCAAAGGAAAUUGAAAGCCACAAGGAAAGAGGAAAACGAGAUGAAAAUCAAGAUUUUAUUGAUUACUAUUUGGAUGAGAUAGGUAAGACUAAAGGAGACGCUGAUGCUACUUAUGAUGAAGAAAACUUGAUGCAGAGCAUUUUUUACCUCUUUCUGGCAGGUACAGAAACUACAGCCACCACUUUAUGUUGGGCAUUGCUCUAUAUGGUGCUUUAUCCUGAUAUUCAAGAGAAAGUCCAGAAGGAGCUGGAUGCUGUUCUGGGUUGUUCCCAUUUUAUUUGCUACGAGGAGAGAAGAAAGUUGCCCUACACAAACUCUGUGAUUCAUGAGAUCCAGCGCUACAGUAACAUAAUCUUAAUUUCACUUCCCAGACAGAGCCUGAGGGACACAGAACUGCUGGGAUUUCCUGUUCCAAAGAACACCAUGAUUUUAGCAAAUACUGACUUCAUUCUGUCUGAUCCUGAAAAAUGGGAGACACCUGAUCAGUUCAACCCAGGCCGCUUUCUGGAUAAAGAUGGAAACUUUGUGAACAGAGAAGCAUUCUUACCAUUUUCAAUAGGGCACCGUGUGUGCAUGGGGGAGCUGUUGGCAAGGAUGGAGCUCUUCAUUAUAAUUUCCACCCUGUUAAAGGCAUUCAAGUUCACACUGCUAAAAGGAGUGAAGGAAAUCAAUACUAAACUUGUUUUUGGGAGCACCAUGAAGCCAUCUCUUGUCCCACAGGGUAUUUUUGCUUUCCUCUUCGUUUGGUUAAUCACUACCCUGAAAGAUGCUUUUUCAGACAGGUGCAUCCUGAAGAUCGUGCCCAUAAAGAGUUAA